CAAACGAGACCUUAUGGACCUUUCCUAUAGUCUACUUGCCGCCCUCCGAGAUUCUGAGUAGGAGUUAGCUCCGCCAAACGACAGGCCGACGGAGAAGGUCGUGGAGCAGCCAGUGCGCAGAGGCGAAUCAGAGAACGCAACCAAGCGGGAUUUUCAGGCCCCUCUAUUUAGAGAUGAAUGUGAUGAACCUUGCCACCGCACUUUGCAGACGAGUGAAACUUAGGGAGCUAGUAACAAAUGUUCCGGUGUACACUAGCUUAAGUGACACUUCUGGAGGAGGACUGAGCUUGAUUCCCAGGCGUUGGGCCACAAAAAAGACAGCUGGAUCUACAAAGAAUGGCAGAGACUCAAACCCCAAGAAUCUGGGUGUGAAGAAAUUUGGAGGGGAGAGAGUGAUACCUGGAAACAUCAUAGUUCGUCAGCGAGGGACUCGAUUCCAUCCUGGUAAUUAUGUUGGGAUAGGGAAGGACCACACCCUUUAUGCUCUCAAAGAAGGAUGUGUCAAAUUUGAACGUCACAAGCUUAGUGGGCGCAAGUGGGUUCAUGUUGAGCCCAAAGAAGGACAUGUACUUCACCCCAUUUAUACAAAUGCUGCUGCCUAAAACCCAAGCUGCUUGGGUCUCAUCUCCUUGUUAGGAUUGUAGUUGGACAUUGGGUGGAACACUUGUUCGAUCAAGCAUUUUCUUCUCGAUAGUUUUUUAAUCAACGACUAGCCGUUGCAACUGGCUUUUUGGAGGGAUUUCAUAUGAUUGUCAUUCGGGAUGUCCCAAAAAAAGGAACUAAUGAAUUAGUCGGGUUGGUCUUCUUUUCUUCAAUUCAUGUUUACAUCAUUGUUUUAUAAUUUUUCCUUCGAAUACUCUUCUUUUGAUCUGGAUUUUGGAAAGCCAUUAGUGGAUAAAUAAAACUGAUAAACAGUAAUGAUUGGUUAU